UAAUUACCUUUUAUCUUUCAGGAAGCUUUAGAAAACUAUCGCCAUGCAGUUAGACUUAAACCCGAUUUCAUUGAUGGCUAUAUCAACUUGGCAGCUGCACUUGUUGCUGCAAAUGAUAUGGAACAAGCUGUGCAGGCUUAUGUGUCAGCUCUGCAGUAUAACCCGGAUCUGUAUUGUGUACGGAGCGAUUUGGGUAAUCUUUUGAAGGCCCUUGGAAGACUGGAUGAAGCAAAGGCGUGUUACUUAAAAGCCAUAGAAACUCGACCAGACUUCGCUGUGGCUUGGAGCAACCUUGGAUGUGUCUUCAAUGCCCAGGGCGAGAUUUGGCUUGCUAUUCAUCACUUUGAAAAAGCCGUUGCUUUAGAUCCCAAUUUCCUUGAUGCAUACAUCAAUCUUGGCAACGUUUUGAAAGAAGCUCGCAUCUUUGACAGGGCUGUUGCUGCUUAUCUCCGAGCACUCAACCUUUCUCCAAAUCAUGCAGUUGUCCAUGGAAAUUUGGCUUGUGUAUACUAUGAGCAAGGCCUCAUUGACCUUGCAAUUGACACUUACCGUCGUGCAAUUGAGUUGCAACCCAACUUCCCAGAUGCAUAUUGCAAUUUGGCAAAUGCUCUCAAGGAAAAAGGACAGGUUAAUGAGGCUGAGGAAUGCUAUAAUACAGCUCUUCGCCUCUGUCCUACUCAUGCAGAUUCACUUAACAACCUUGCCAAUAUUAAGAGGGAGCAGGGCCACACUGAAGACGCUACCCGCCUAUACCUCAAAGCUCUGGAAGUAUUUCCCGAGUUUGCUGCAGCACACUCGAAUCUGGCUUCCAUUCUUCAACAACAGGGCAAACUUAAUGAAGCUCUUAUGCAUUACAAGGAAGCCAUACGUAUCCAGCCUACUUUUGCAGAUGCUUACAGUAAUAUGGGCAACACGCUUAAAGAAAUGCAGGAUAUCCAAGGAGCCCUUCAGUGUUAUACACGUGCAAUCCAAAUCAACCCUGCCUUUGCUGAUGCUCAUUCCAACUUAGCCUCCAUCCACAAAGACUCUGGUAAUAUACCAGAGGCUAUACAGUCAUACCGGACAGCACUGAAGCUCAAGCCAGAUUUCCCAGAUGCUUACUGUAAUCUUGCACAUUGUCUACAAAUUGUGUGUGACUGGACUGAUUAUGAUGCUCGUAUGAAGAAAUUAGUUGCCAUUGUUGGUGAGCAGUUGGAGCGCAAUCGUCUGCCGUCCGUGCAUCCUCACCAUUCAAUGCUAUAUCCACUGUCCCAUGAGUACCGCAAGGCUAUUGCUAAUAGGCAUGCAAACCUCUGUAUGGAAAAGAUUAAUGUGCUACACAAACAGCCAUAUAAAUAUCCUUCGGAAUUGACACCUGAUGGGCGUGUGCGCGUGGGAUAUGUAUCUUCUGACUUUGGCAACCAUCCAACAUCACACCUAAUGCAGAGUAUACCUGGCCUGCAUGAUAGGUCUAGGGUGGAGAUAUACUGCUAUGCUCUGAGUCCUGAUGAUAGUACUGCAUUUAGGAGUAAAAUUAGCAGAGAAGCUGAACAUUUUAUUGAUCUGUCACAAAUUCCCUGCAAUGGCAAAGCUGCUGAUCGCAUAAAUCAAGAUGGCAUUCAUAUUCUUGUGAACAUGAAUGGUUACACAAAAGGAGCUCGCAAUGAAAUAUUUGCCCUUCGUCCAGCACCCAUCCAGGUUAUGUGGUUGGGAUAUCCAGGCACUAGUGGAGCUCCUUUUAUGGACUACCUCAUCACUGAUCGUGUUACAUCACCUUUAAGAGUGGCAUCACAAUACAGUGAGAAGCUUGCUUAUAUGCCUGAUACCUUCUUUGUUGGGGAUCAUAGGAACAUGUUCCCUCAUCUUCAGGAAAGGGUUCUUCUGGAAUCUAUAGACAACCCUAAAUUAUUAAAUAGAGAUUCCAUCAAGGAUACUGUGGCAUUAAUGAACACUACGGACCUCAACCCUGUAAUUGAAAAUGCCGAGGUGUUAACUGUUAAAGAAGUGGUGAAGCCUGCUACUACAAAGGAAUCAGUUGAAGUAGCAGUAACAGUUGCUCAGCUUCCUACAACAGCACCUAUUGAAUCAAUGAUUCAGACUGGUUUGGCUCAAGCUACUGUAAAUGGGCUGGUUGUACAGAAUGGCCUGGCCACUACACAAAUGAACACAAAGGCUGCUACUGGAGAAGAACCUCCCAAAAAUAUUCUGAUUACAACACGCAAACAGUAUGGCUUACCAGAAGAUGCUGUUAUCUACUGCAACUUCAACCAGUUGUAUAAGAUUGAUCCAUCAACUCUUCAGAUGUGGUGCAAUAUUUUAAAGCGUGUACCAAAAUCAGUCGUAUGGCUGUUACGGUUUCCUGCUCAUGGAGAAGCCAAUAUUCUUUCCCAAGCACAACACCUUGGAGUUGGACCAGGACGAAUCAUCUUUUCUAAUGUUGCUGCCAAAGAGGAGCAUGUCCGCAGAGGACAGUUAGCGGAUGUUUGCUUAGAUACACCAUUAUGCAAUGGCCAUACUACAGGAAUGGAUGUAUUAUGGGCAGGCACUCCCAUGAUCACCUUAUCAGGAGAAACGCUAGCUUCGCGUGUUGCAGCCUCACAACUCCAUUGUCUGGGAACUCCUGAACUUAGAGGCUACCACAACUGCCAAGAAUAUGAAGUAUUGGCCACGAGACGAAAUGAUUGAGAAUACUUGAAAGCAACACGUGCUAGUGUGUGGAAGGCACGCACUGAAUCACCGCUGUUCGAUUGCAAGACUUAUGCCCGGAAUCUUGAGCGUCUUUUCAAGCGGAUGUGGGAUAGAUAUAGUUCAGGAGAAAAACCAGACCACAUUACAGAGUGGUAAUUAAUUUAGUCAAUUAAAAAGUGAUAAGUAAAGACAGUUUUUUCACACUAAUUAGCAUCCAAUCACUGGUGAUAUCUGCACUGUAUUCCUUUAAAACUGUUUUUCCAUGACCAUGAAAAGUUAACUUUUGUUAGUGCACUAAUCAUUGGAUGAGUGAAGCAGUCAGAAGUUAUGAAACUUGUAUGUGAUAUUGCUCUUUCAAAUUCAUGUCACCAUUGUCAUGUACUUCGUCGGUUCAAAUUCACCAUAACUUGAUGUAUAGUGGCCAGUCGUGUGAAAUUCAGCUUCUUCGUAAGUCCAACACAUUUACAUCAUUUACACUUGUAUCUCCUGGAUGUGGAUGUUUUCUAGCUAGCUGUAUUUGAUAUUUCCUUGUACAUUGUACCAUUUGAUGAUCAUUUGGAUUAUAUACAUAUCCAGGCUACUAGAAAUUAAAAAUAAGAAAGGAUUGAAUUACUGGACAAUUUGUAUAUAGAAAACUUUUAUCUAGGUUAAGCAUGUUUCAAAAGGCUCAGGAUUUUUUGAGUGUUGGGUUAUCAAAUGCUGCUUUUUGCAGGCAAAUUUUCUUUGGCUGCAGAAACAUUACUUCUGAUAACCAUUCAAAUUGGGUUGCACAUAGAGGAUUGGAUGAAUAUUAGCCUGAUUCACAGGGUUGCCAGUUUAAAAUAACAUUUUUGUAUUGUAAAUAAUCAUACCCAUCCUGAAGUGUGUGCACCAUGAGUUAUGAAUGUGUAUUGUUGAAAAUCAUAACUUUCUAGCACCAUAUGGCAAUUAAAAUCCGGUCUCAUUUUAGCAUAUUACAUUUUUUAAUUAAAAGCUCUUUGUAAAUUUAUCUUUUGUCAAGGUUCAGAGGUCUUCUUGAGUCUGACCUUUAGCAUUAAUGUGUCAAUUAUAAUUAUUGCCUUCUGUGAAGUGAUAGUCCAUUAAUCCCAAAUCAGUCUCCAGUCUGCUUUAUUUGUUUCCUUUUUCUUAUCCUUUUUAUUUCCUCUUCAUCCUAGCUUUACCCUCACAUUAUUUCUUUCAGUGUUCAUUGCCUUCCUCAUGUUUUCAAUCUUCCAUUUAAAUUCUUAUAUAAAUAUCUUUCCUUUCCAAGUUGCUGCUGCAUCUGUCUCAUUAUUUUUCCUUUGUUUACCUUUCCGAAUUUGAUCAUUAUAUUUCCCCUCUUCCUCUUUCUUAUUUACAAUAAUGUGCUUUUAUAUUCCUUUCUAAAUACAUUAUUGAAUUGAACUGUUUGGUUUUGUGUAUUGUUACUGAGGGUAAAUGUAACCCAUCAAGUUUAAUUUCUAUUAUUUCUGUCUUGCAAGUUCCUUUCAUUGUGAUGUAGUUAUGAAAAGGUUAUGGUGUAUGAUACUAAUGUGUUUUUGAGGCAGUGUGUUGAUUUGAUACUUAUCAUUACUGCCUUAAAUUCUUGAGAAAUUAUUCUUGACAAAGAAGACCUGCAGUGGGUGUGCACAUACACAGGUACAUUAUAUGCACAUGUAUACACAAUGUACAUGUAUAGUAUACAUGUGUAUAUAUAUACAGUGGUACCUCGGGAUACGAACUUAAUUCGUUCCAGAAGGCUGUUUGAGUGCCGAUACCCAAUAAAUUUGUUCCCAUAAGGAAUAAUGUAAAUUAGUUUAAUCCAUUUCAGACCCCCAAAAAUACACUUACAAAAGCACUUGCAUAAAUGCACUUACAUAAUUGUUCGAGUUUCGAGCUGUUCAUAUCCUGAGGUACUACUGUAUAUAUAUUUUUUACACUAGCCAUCUCCCAGUGAGGCAGGGUGAAAUGAAAAAGAAGAAACACUUUCACCAUCAUUCACUUAACUAGAAUUGUGCUGAUACUUCAGUUCAGAUGCCUAUCCAGGGUGCAUCAGUGUACUUCCCACCUCAGGACUCAAAUCCAGCUAACUGGUAUCCCUGAAUCCCUUCACAAAAUGCUACCCUCCUCAAACUCCAAUAGCUUGUCAAAUUUCAAAAACCUUCCUCAAACCUCUAACAUGCUCACACAUGCCUGCUGGAUGUCCAAACCCCUCGCCACCUUUUACUGUUUCCUUGGGCUUUUCCCAAAGGUACCUAGACCUACCCCUCCACUACAGAUUUAUACACCCUCCAAGGCAUCCUAUUUUGUUGAGUUGGUUUGGAAUUACAGAGAGGAUCAAGCAAAAUAGAAUUGCUUGUAUGAAAUCUGUAGUGGAGGAAAAGUAAGGUUUCUGUGCGAGAG